AUGGGUAAAUUUUUAUCAAAAAUUUUUGGAAAGAAGGAGAUGCGAAUAUUAAUGUUAGGUUUGGAUGCAGCGGGAAAGACAACAAUACUCUACAAACUGAAACUUGGGCAAUCUGUGACGACGAUUCCGACUGUUGGAUUUAAUGUCGAAACAGUUACCUACAAAAAUGUCAAAUUUAACGUUUGGGAUGUUGGUGGUCAAGACAAGAUUCGUCCUCUUUGGAGGCAUUAUUACACAGGCAGUCAGGCACUCAUUUUUGUUAUGGAUGCAGCUGAUCGCGAGCGAGUUGAUGAAGCUCGACAAGAAUUGCAUCGAAUAAUCAAUGAUCGGGAGAUGAAAACAGCCAUAAUUUUGGUAUUCGCUAAUAAACAGGAUUUGGCGGAAGCGAUGAAGCCUCACGAGAUUCAAGACAAACUUGGGUUGACACGUAUUCGUGAUCGAAAUUGGUAUGUUCAACCGUCAUGUGCUUCAUCAGGAGAAGGUCUCUAUGAAGGAUUGACGUGGCUCUCCGAUAACUACAAGCCA